ACAUUUUCAUUGAGCAUUCCGUGCUGUCGUUUCUAUUCUUUCAAUUCAAUCAACUAUAAUGUUGCUUAAAAUGAAACGCUACCUCACGGUGUGGGAGAAUGGGAAAUAUAUUGUGUUUAUCUUCAUUCUCAUCACGUUAGAAGUUUUGUUGGAGAUGUAUAACCACAGAAGCCAAGGAUCAACGAGGGUGAUGCUGGAAGCUAAGUUACUAAGUGAUAAAUGGUCAGCAACAUCGCCAACGUGCGGAAACUUUUCCUGCUUUGGAACUUCGCUUUGUAAAAACAGGAAUCGUGUUGGAUUGUCAGAAGACGUUCCAACAUUACGUUCUGGUUGGUUGUCAAUAUACGGAGAGUUAGUAGAUCUCCACCGAGUGAAAUUAAAUGUAACUUACAAGUUACCAUCCACGUUACCAUGCAACGGAGAAACAUGUUCUGUACAAAUCGAAACUUCAGUGUUAAGUGGCAACAACGUUAACAAGUGGAUUUGCGAUAAGUUUAAAAAACCAACAAACUGCGAUACUGGUAAAGUAUUCAAGAGUUGGCGGGCGAUGAACAAAAUUACUUCUGCUAAAGGUCGCUUGGAUCCAAAUCUCCUGAAAGAUAUUUCGCCGCCACUCCAAUGCCCAAGUACCCGCAUAGCCGACCGUAUAGUGAGGCGAGUUGCCAAUAAACAGGGUGGGGUUCUACUUAGAGAUUUGUCUUAUACAGAGAAGAAGAGACUGAUCUUCACGUGCAAGAUGUCACCGGGGUCUGUGGUGCAGUCAAUGUUCCCGCCCUACGAAGGCUGGUUGUUCCAACGGACAGUUGGGUCUUGUGGUGCUCUUAUGGUGCAUGGAAGGUCUAUUGUUACGUCAUUAUACGAGCUUUAUGACGCACCGUGGAAGGUCAGAUUGGACGUAGCAAUACAAUUGCUCGACCUUGCCGAACACUUUACAUACAACGACUUGAACUACAUGUUUGCAUUACAUCGACUCACACCACGUGAUAUUGGAAUCUCUGAUACUGGAAAACUGAGAAUCAAGAAUGCUGAUAACGUCAUUUUGAUUGACAGUUAUGACAUCAAACAAAAUAAUAGUAAAAACGACAAAGGUUUAUAUGAAGUUCGUUACAAGCAAGAAAAAGUUGAUAUCACAGAAGAAAAUCUUUGCGACCACAGCGAAAAUGACGUCAAUUACUACGUCAUAUGUCGUCACUUCCUUGGAGGAACAUGGAAAGAAAGAAAGGGGAAAAAAUAUCCGGGUGGUCUGCUUCAUGAUCCGAAAGAGUUUGGGGUUUUUUCAAGUCAAAUGUUCGUCUUGCUGGAUAUUUGCUCCCGGGGUAAAACAGCUGUCGCACCAGAGCGUCGAACCUUGUCUCAUUCUAUUCGGCGGCUCGCAGCAAACCAAUUGCGGAAUGUUUUAGAAAGACGUCGAAUUUGUUCUCCCGAUUUUAAAUAUCGCUACCCGGAGUGUGAACUUGCAGAAGACGCUGGAAUUAACUUGCCUAGUAUUGAGCUACAAUGGUUACAUUAAAUUAACAUUUUGGGAUCAAAGAUAUUUGUUGAACCCCAGGUUGGGGUAAUGUGGGACAUGAUUUAAUUGUUUAUUACCGUCCCAUUUGGUAGUAAACAAAUAAUAUUUAUAGAAAUAUUUAACCGUAUCCUCACGACUCUAAAAGAGCGUUGCUGAUUGCUUGAAUACUGUCAGGAAAUAUUGGUUAAUAUUUGCAAUGAUAUCCUUACCCAACAGUACUAUAUAUUGUUUAUUUAAUGAUUAUAUAGUAAGAUGGGUGAAGAUGGGACACCUUAUUAUUCUACUUACUGGUCACAUUUGGUAGUAAACAAAGAAAAUUCAAAUAAAUAUAAAUCCGCACCCUAUUGACUCCCAUUGACCGUUGUUAAUUGUUUAAAUGUGUCCUGCGCUAAAUGUGUCCCAUCUUCCCCCACCCUACUAUACAUUGGUGUUACUGUGUACAUCUGACCCAACGGUAUUAUGUAGCGUCUACCUAAUAACUUCACUCUGUAACACUAAUGCAUAAUCAUGGAACCAGAACUGCCAGGAUAUGGAUUUGUGUUUUAUUUGCAGAACCCCAAAUCGAAAAAACAAUAUAGUGGGUUGGGGUAAAAUGGGACACCUUUUUAUUCAAAUUUCUCGUGGCAUUUUGUAGUAAACAAACAAAAUUCAAUGAAUUGUAGAUCUGUUUUUCUACGACUCCCAUAUAGACCGUUGUUAAUUGUUUAGACAUGUUCAGGAUAUUUGGAAAUUAUGUGCUAAAGAUGUCCCAUUUUGCCCCUCCUACUACAUAUUAAUGAGAAAUUUAUCAACGGUUUAUAAAGCAUAAAUUUGCAAUAAAUAUUAAUAAGUCU